GUGAUUGAUCAUUAUGAGUAAUAUGUUAAGUGAUUUUAAAACGAAGUUUAGUCUGUGCGCUACAUUAGCGACACAUAUGGCAGGAGUGGCUUUCUGAGAGAGGGGUGUCUCUUAAGAGUACGCCCAAGUCUAGGCUAAGUAAUCAGCAAACUGAAGACCACCACAGCUGCAUCGACCCCCUUUCUGGUAUUAUGCAUGCAAACCAAGAGCUCCGACCGAGCUCUUGUUAGCGACAUGGAAGUCACUUCCAUUAAGUAGAGAAGAAACGCUUUGGAUGUGGCAACCGUGCGGCAGAAAUCCCGGCUUCAAGGGACAGCGGAAUACUGAAUUCGGGCUUGCUUGCAUUCAUACAUUCAUUCAUUUUUUUAUUUUAUUUUUACGUGGACAAUCAUGUUUUUGUUCUUCUGGGGACUAAGUUUUUUAGUAUUGCUCUCUGAUUUUAUGAAUGCACUAGCUUCAGCAGGGAGACCGCGAGGAUCAGAGAAAGUGAAAUUGCAGCAGUUUGGCGCGUAUGAGAUUGUAACUCCGGCCAGAGUGAAUGAAGCCGGUGACACACUGCCAACGGGCGUGCACUUUAAGAGGAGAAAGCGGAGUACCGACCCAGUUACCGGCAACAUCUCCCAUCAUUGGACCUCUCCGCACGUCUAUUAUCAAAUAUCUGCCUUUGGGCAGGACUAUUCCCUUAAUCUUACACUCGAGUCGGGAUUUAUUGCGCCAGUUUACACUGUCACGAUACUUGGAGCAUCCAGUGAAAAUAAUAAUUCAGAAGAGGGAGAAGAGGAGGACUCGGAGUAUCAGCACUGCUUUUAUAAAGGACAUGUGAACGCUGGGCAGGAGCAUAAUGCAGUAAUCAGCCUCUGCUCCGGUUUGCUUGGCACUUUCAGGUCACCAGAAGGGGAGUUUUUUGUAGAGCCCCUUCAUAGCUACAAUGGUCAACAUUAUGAAGAAGAACACAUCAAACCUCAUGUCGUAUACAGAAAAGAUGCCUCAAAAAAGACUGUAGAUGAUUCGACUACAUGUGAAACGUCAGGGCAUAAAGAGCCACACCACAGACACAGGAACAGACUGAAGAGAAAGUCGCCCUCAAGCUUGUUGUCCAACCUGGAGACUCUUAAUUCCAGACUCUUCUCUGCCGCCAUCCCCUCAGAAAACAAGCACAACUUCACUAAUGAAAGCAGUGACUCCAAGCCACGCUGGAGAUCAAAGCGUUUCCUCUCCUACCCCCGUUUUGUUGAAGUCAUGGUUGUGGCAGACAGUAAGAUGGUGGAACAUCAUGGAAGCAACCUCCAGCACUACAUUCUUACACUGAUGUCCAUCGUUUCCUCCAUCUAUAAGGAUCCCAGCAUUGGAAACCUGAUUAACAUUGUUAUUGUGAAGCUGGUCAUCAUAAAGAAUGAGCUGGAUGGUCCCAGUAUCUCUUUCAAUGCACAAGCCAGUUUGAAAAACUUCUGCAUAUGGCAACAGAGUCAGAACCAUCCGGAUGACAACCAUCACUCACAUCAUGACACCGCCAUUCUAAUCACAAGGCAGGACAUCUGUCGAGCACGGGACAAGUGUGACACUUUAGGUCUUGCUGAGCUGGGUACAGUUUGUGAUCCCUACAGAAGUUGCAGUAUUAAUGAGGAUAAUGGACUCAGUACUGCGUUCACCAUUGCUCAUGAGCUUGGCCAUGUGUUCAACAUGCCUCAUGAUGACAGUAACAAAUGCAAGGAGGAUGGAGUCAAGAACCAGCAACAUGUGAUGGCCCCUACACUCAACUAUUACACCAAUCCAUGGAUGUGGUCCAAAUGUAGUCGGAAAUACAUCACAGAGUUCCUCGACACAGGGUAUGGUGAGUGCUUGCUCGAUGAGCCAGUUUCUAGGCCAUACAGUUUGUCCCAGCAGCUGCCUGGACAGAUAUACAGUGUCAAUAAACAAUGUGAGCUGAUAUUUGGGCCUGGGACACAGGUGUGCCCAUAUAUGACACAGUGCAGGAGGUUGUGGUGCACCAGUCCAGAAGGAGUCCAGCGUGGCUGUCGGACCCAACACAUGCCAUGGGCCGAUGGGACGGAGUGUUCUCCAGGAAAGCAUUGUAAACAUGGCCUGUGCAUCCAUAAAGAGCAUGAAUCUGUUCCAGUAGAAGGGGCCUGGGGCGUCUGGAGUCCCUUUGGCACAUGCUCAAGGACCUGCGGAGGGGGAAUCAAGAUCGCUGUGCGCGAUUGCAACCGACCUGUGCCCAGAAAUGGGGGGAAGUAUUGUGUUGGACGCAGAAUGAAAUUCCGUUCCUGCAACUCUGAGCCAUGUUCCAAGCAAAAGAAAGACUUCAGGGAGGAACAGUGUGCCAGCUUUGAUGGGCGGCACUUCAACAUCAAUGGUCCAAAACCAAAAGUCCGCUGGGUGCCAAAACAUGCUAUAGUUCUGAUGAAGGAUCGCUGUAAGCUAUUCUGUCGUGUGGCGGGCAGUACAGCUUACUACCAACUCAGGGACAGAGUUACUGAUGGCACGCAGUGUGGGCCUGACACCAACGACAUCUGUGUGCAAGGCCUGUGCAGGCAAGCAGGAUGUGACCACGUGUUGAACUCCAAGGCCAGGAGAGAUAAGUGUGGAGUGUGUGGUGGGGAUAACUCAUCUUGCAAGACUGUGGCAGGAACGUUCAACAUAGUGCAUUAUGGUUACAAUGUUGUGGUGCGAAUUCCCAGCGGUGCUACAAACAUAGAUGUGAGACAACACAGCUAUUCAGGGAAACCAGAGGACGAUAACUACCUCGCCUUAUCCAAUGGCCGUGGAGAAUAUUUACUCAAUGGAGAUUUUGUGGUCAGUAUGUUUAAAAGGGAAGUCAGAGUAGGGAAUGCUGUUAUUGAAUACAGUGGCUCUGACCAUGUUGUUGAGAGAAUCAACUGCACUGACCGCAUAGAAGAGGAGAUUAUUAUCCAGGUGCUAUCCGUAGGUAACCUCUACAACCCUGAUGUCAGGUAUUCCUACAAUAUUCCCAUAGAGGACAAACCUCAGAAGUUUUUCUGGGAUGCAUAUGGCCCAUGGCAGGAUUGCAGUCUUUUGUGCCAAGGAGAGCGCAAGAGGAAGAUCAUGUGCAGUCGUGAGUCGGAUCGAGUGGUUGUGUCCGAUCAGCGGUGCCAUGGCUCUCCCAAACCAGCUGUGAUCUCUGAGCCAUGCAACACAGACUGUGAACUCAGGUGGCAGGUUGUUCGCAAAAGCGAGUGUACAGCCGUAUGUGGUCUGGGUUUCCGGACUUUGUACAUUUACUGCAUCAAACAGAGCAGGUUAGAUGGGAAAACCCAGAAGGUUGACGACCGGUAUUGCAGCAGCCAGCGCAAGCCUGAAGACAAGGAGGUGUGCCAUGGAGACUGCAACCCUGGUGGAUGGGAGUACUCCCUCUGGUCUGAGUGCUCCAGGAGCUGUGGAGGAGGAACACGUCGUAGGAGUGCAGUAUGUGGAAAGUCAGCAGAAACUAAUGACGAAAGCAAGUGCAACCCACAAGAAAAGCUUACAGUCCAGCCUUGUAAUGAGUUCCUAUGUCCUCAAUGGAAAACUGGAGACUGGUCUGAGUGUUUAGUGACAUGUGGCAAGGGCUAUAAGCACCGCCAGACUUGGUGUCAGUUUGGAGAAGAGCGUUUGGAUGACCGUUUCUGUGACUCAUCCAAACCAGAGUCGGUACAGGCCUGCCAACAGCAAGAAUGUGCAUCCUGGCAGGUGGGACCCUGGGGACAGUGUACCACCACAUGCGGCCCGGGCUAUCAGAUGAGAGCUGUGAAGUGUGUGGUUGGCUCAUACGGCUCUGUCAUGGAUGACUCUGAAUGUAAUGCAGCAACACGUCCAACCGACACUCAGGACUGUGAAUUCUCACAGUGCCCUGUCACUCAUCCUGUUGCCCCAGAGACCAAAGUGAUAUCACAUCCUGGUCAUAAAACACAGUGGCGCUUUGGAUCUUGGACACAGUGCAGUGCCACCUGUGGGAAGGGCACCCGGAUGCGCUACGUAAGUUGCCGUGACCAGCAGGGUGGAGUAGCAGAGGAAUCAGCCUGCUCCCAUCUUCCAAAACCUCCUGCUAGUGAGGUUUGCUCCAUAGUGGCAUGCGGACAGUGGAAGGUUCUGGAAUGGACUGCGUGCUCCGUAUCCUGUGGUCAGGGUAAAACUACACGGCAAGUAGUGUGCGUGAACCUCAGCGAUCAAGUUGUGGAUAUGAGUGAGUGUGACCCAGAUGAUCAACCAGCAACAGAGCAGGAGUGUGCCAUGCCCCAGUGUCCGUCUCGCUCCAGCGACCAUGGGGGCUUUUUACCUAACCCUGAUUCUCGGAAAAAAAUGGUUCCCACCGGACGAACUGACCGUAACAGAGCUGGCAGACUUCAGUCUCAUCAAUGGAGGACUGGACCAUGGGGAGCGUGUUCAAGUACCUGUGCUGGAGGAUUCCAGAGGCGUGUGGUGGUGUGUCAGGAUGAGAACGGCUACCCUGCCAACAGCUGUGAUGAAAUCACUCAACCCAUAGAGCAGCGCUCCUGUGAGUCCGGCACCUGCCCUCAGUGGUUCUAUGGCAGCUGGGGUGAGUGUUCAAAAUCCUGCGGAGGAGGGAUAAAGACCCGGCUGAUCGCUUGUCAGCGGCCCAACGGGGAGCGUUUUAACGAUCUGAGCUGUGAAAUUCUUGAUAAACCACCCGACCGAGAACAGUGCAAUACUCAGUCCUGCUCUAUUAACCCUCACUGGAGCACAGACCAAUGGAGCUCGGUACGCUCGUAACUAUUGAAACUUUCUCCCUUCAUAAGCUGUCAUCCUCACAACAUGCCAGUGUUUCUUUACACUCAAGACAUGAAGAAGAAAAACUGAAACUCUGAUGGUUUGAUCUUUGAGUAAGCAAAUAACUGGUUUUAACGUUUGCUGCUUAUUGGCGAGUUUCGGUUGCACUUAAAGAUCCACCAAACAUGCAGUUAAAUAUUGUUUUAGAGUUUUAUAUCCUGACUGAAAAAGUGAGCAUCUCUUUGGUCGAUGUGUUUGUUUGAAUGGUGUUUUGUUUGAUUUUUUCCCUAUUUAAUUUUCUAUGUUAGGUUUGUUUUGCCCAACGCAGCUGUACUUUGGAUAAAUACAAAUCAUUGUGACGCCCUUUGUUGUGGCUUGUGUUCAAAACACUACAGUUGUAUAUAGUAUUUCAAAAACAUAGGCAGCAACACUUGUAUUGCUCCACUUUAGAGCUGAAACAUCUGGCCACAGGCGGUUUACUUUAUUAUAUUGAAACUAUCUCCCUGUGUUUUUUCUAUCACUCUUCAUAAUUCAUUUCUCAUGAAUUCGUUUUUUUUUUCAACCAUACCUCACAUGAACUCAGCUAGCCAUUGACCUUUUUCAAAUUCAUGAUGGUGCUUUUUCAGUACAAGGGAGACUUUAUGUGAAAAUCUGUGUAUAGUUGCUAUAUUUUUGUAUAUUUAAGGUAACUUACAGAAGUACAUUUUGAAGUAAAUACAAAAAGUUGUGACGUAAACUAAAAUCAGAUGUAGUUUUGUGUCAUUUUAUGUCUGUUGAUUUGUUUUGCAAUUGUAAGAUCAGUAUUAUUUCAAUUUAGUGUAUAAAGCAUCAAAAACCGUGUUCUAGUCUAGUGUGUAAAAUUUCUCAUUGUAUUUCCCUCAGACCCAGGGAAGGCCAGUUUUUUUUUUUUUUUUUUUUUUUGCUUGUUGGCCAGUUACUUGUGUCUACCUCAUUCUCAAUGAAGAGCCCCACA